UUGGUUCUCUUUCGCUCUCCAAUCCCCAGCAAACCCUAAUUGGCUCCUCUUCAGAAAAAGGCAAACUUUUUGGCACACCAUCUCCAUUUUUCUGGACCAAAGCGAAGUGAAUAUGGAGCAAAGAGAACCACCCAAGUCCCGUUCGAAAUCGGAGUCGGAGUUGGAUAGAAUUAGCAACUUACCAAGUGAUGUUCUAGAACAAAUUUUGUCACAUUUGCCCAUUAGAGAGGUGGCAAGGACAAGUGUUUUAUCAAGCAAGUGGAGAUACAGAACGGCUAUGAUUCGACAUCUUGUGUUUGAUAAACAGUGUGUCUCAACUAAAAAACGUAUAACCUUUGUGGACAUUGUUGAUCAUGUACUCCUAGGUCACAUUGGCCCCAUUCAUAAGUUUAAGCUUUCUCAUCUAGAUCGCCUAGCCACUUGGGAUAUUGAUCGAUGGAUUCUUCAUCUAUCAAGAAACUCUAUCAAAGAGUUCGUACUUGAAAUUGAGGAAGUUUGCUGCUACAGUAUUCCUUCAUAUUUGUUUUCUUGUGAAGAUAUGAUACAUUUAGAGUUAUUCAGUUGUCUGAUAAAACCUCCGCCAACAUUCAAAGGCUUCAGGAAUUUGAAAAGCCUUGUUUUUCAGCGUGUUACCUUGGCCCAAGAUGCCUUCCAAAAUCUGAUAGCUUGCUGUCCUCUGCUUGAAAGGUUGACUUUGAGAGAGUUCAAUUUCACCCAUCUCAAGAUUGAUGCACCAAAUCUCAAAUUCCUUGAUGUUGAAGGUGAUUUUGAGGAUGUUAUUUUUCAGAAUACCUUAAAUCUUGCUGAUGUUUGCAUUUGUACGGACACCAGUGUUGGCCAAAGAUGGGCUUGUGACAGUACUCACAGCAUGUUGGUCAAGUUUUUGGUUCACCUGCCUCAUAUUCAGAGGCUAAAAAUUCAGGGAUUCUUUUUACAGAUUUUGGCUCUUGGUGCCUUGUCAGCAGAACUUCCAAAACCAUGUCUAUAUCUGAACUUUCUUUCUAUAAGCGUAAACUUUAAUGAUCUGAGGGAGAUUUUAACUGCUCUAUGCCUUCUGAGAAGUACCCCUGCUGUCCGAGAACUAGAAAUUUCUGCCGCCGGAUCAGCUUUCCAAGAAAUUUCUGCUGACAGAGAGGGUCAUUCUGCUUUGUCAGAAGUGAACUCUUUAUAUGGCAACUGGAUUUUCCCAUUCUCCCAACUACGAUUUGUCAAAAUGUCCGACGUCUCUGAUGUCAAAGCUGAAUUAGAUUUCAUCAGAUUUCUGCUUUUAAAUUCCCCUGUGCUUGAGAAGAUUAUUGUUAAGCCUGCUUAUGCCGAUGAUUCUUGGGAGCUCGUUAAACAGUUGCUCCGAUUAGGGCGUGCCUCAGUGCAUUCAGAGAUAAUAUUCUUGGACCCAUGAUUCGUCCGUGAACUUUUGCAGCUAAGAAGAGGACUUGCUUGAAGAGAUGACUCUGGGUUUGGACUGUUGGGCACAAGUCUUUGUGGUGUGUGUUUAAAUUUAAGUCGGUUGGCACUUUACAUGAGCUCGUUUGCCGCUUAACAUUCUUGUUGAAACAAAGUUUGCAGGGCAUAACAAGGUCUCACAGGUAAAGAAUGAAUUAAAGUAACAAGGCAUCUGAAGUGGGUCUACUUCUACUCUAUGCGGAGACGAGGAGAAUACCUAUCACACAUGUUGUAUGGGCAAGGGGAAUUGCUUGCAGAGAUGAACAUGGAUCAAGGCAGUUGGCUUCAACUUACAAGUCUUUGUGACAAAUGCCAUGUCGUCGUUUAUCUGAAAAAACAAUGUUUAAUUAAAGUCAUGUCUUGGACGCUUUCGUAAAAUUUCCAACAAUCGAUUGGCAAUGUAGUCCAUAGAGAGAAAUGGAAUACUUUUUUACACCCAAAUCCAGAAAUUAAUCCUUCACUAGCUAUACAAACACUGUCUUAAAAGAGCUGGAAACAAGACGAUGAACUAAGAAGUUACAAUGGUAUGGCUAAUUACGACUAAAGUCAACCUUUUA